GGUCACACCGAAUCAACAUAUUUACAAUCGGAAUUCGCAAAUUUUUGACAAAUUUUGGACAAAAUGCCAAAGAAAAUGGGUACCAACUCGAAGGCCGUGGAGGCGCGCGAGCGUAAGGAGAAGGAGCGCAAGGCGACCCAGGAUAAGAAGGCCAAGGACGCCGAGGAUCGUCUGUGGCAUGACGAUGACAAGAGUCUGGCCAAGAAGCAGCAGCGUCGCGAGGAGGAGGAACGCAAGCGGGCGGAGGCAGCCAAGCGCAAGGCGGAGGCCAAAGCACUGCUGGACGAGGAGAUGAGCUCCAUUAGCACCCAGCGCAAGCAGCCGCUGGCCAAAAUCAAUCGCCAGCAGAUACUGGAGGAGGUGGAGAAGAAGCAGCGAAACCUCGAUGCCAUCAACGAGGCCAACAAGCCCGCCGCCACUCGCGUUGUGGUCCAGACCAAUGUCAUGGAGGAGAACCUCAAUCGAUCACUCGCCGACACUGAUGUAGCCAGCAACAUUGACCAGGCGCUGGUUGUUCUCAGUGUCAACGAGAGCGAUGAGGACAAGCAUCCCGAGAAACGAAUGCGCGCCGCCUACAAAACCUUCGAAGCCAACAAUCUGCCCCGCAUCAAAGCCGAGAAUCCCUCGCUACGCAUGUCCCAGUGGAAGCAGCUGCUGAUGAAGGAGUGGAACAAGUCGCCCGACAAUCCCUUCAACCAGGCACGCUAGCGGUCCUGGGGAUACCUUCCCUUCGCCCAUGGCGACGAGUGUGCGUACUCUAGUGACUCUUUUGCUGCCGAGCAGCAAAGAAAAACCUUCAAAGGAUGAAUGAAACGCAGAAUUUAAUUUAUACAAAAACUAAAAGUCGGAAUAAACCAACAUUAUUUAUAAAGGUGAAGUCCCUAGUAAGAUCUCGCUCCUUAUGCAACAAAACAACAACAAAUG